AUGGGAAGCGGAAGAGGCGUCUCGAUGUGCUCCAGUGGAAUCGUAACUGAGGGGUGCAGGUCAAUUGUACAAAUGUCCACUUUUGAGAGGAGGAACCGUUUUGUCCCAUCUUCGCGCCAAUUCGGCCAAAAUGGAGGCGUCGCAGUUGGACGCGAUUGGCCGGGCUGGGCCCUGUUGAAAGCGGACUUGGCAGAAUCGGAAGUGAGGCUGAAAAGUGUAUGUACACGACGGGGCCUGUGGAGGUAUUGGAUUGGCGGCGGAUGGAAGCGGUUUGCUUUUCACGCCCGAAUGUACCGUCUCAAGAGUCUGGAGGCGCUAGCCGGUCGGCUUGAGAGGUGCCCCAGCCUUGACUGGCGCCAGCAUCGGCGCUUCGGCGACUGCUCCUACGACGUGUUCCGGCUCGGCUUCGUCACUAUCAGAAUUGCUAUACUCAUCGUCACCAUCUCCGUCACUGUCGCCGUCGCCGUCGCCGUCGCCGUCGUCUUCUUCGUUUUCAUUGUCGUUCACCUCGUCGUUGUCGUAGAUCUCAGAGGUUUUUGCUCGUCUCUCGAACGUCUCGUGAAGCCUCGAGCGUGUCGUCUGGUCGGGCCAAAAGAGCAGGCCACCUGUUGCCUCGGUUUCCUGUUUGGCGCCCUCGGCGGAUGGGGCGGCUAUCGACCAAUGGCGGUCGGGCAGACGCUCCAGCUUCCAUUGGCGUGUCACGAUUGGUUGAUGCCCCUCUGGCGAUGGAGCUCGUUGCGUGGAGGUGAGGUUGUGAGAGAUGUUGGUGACGUGAGGCAAUCCCCUCUCGGCUGGCGGUUCCGCAAUCAGACGAUCAAUGGAGAAGCGGCUGGGACACUUGGUAUCGACAUUCCACACGGUCUCGUGACCGAAUCGGGACUCGAACUUCUCCCGUUUCACCGCCAUCGUCUCGUCUUCGUCCAACCCGGCCAUCGACAGCAUCAGUCUGCCUUCCACCGGAGACGCCGGCUCGCCCGAGGCGUCUCGAUUGGCCGUUCGUUUGCGGCUGCCCCGAACCGCCCAUCUGCCUUGGCCUGGCCUCCU